AUGGAAUUCCUCUAUCAUGUCCCCUCAGAGAAUCGAAGAGCAGGGUUACCCUCGUGGACGGUGGACUGGGGAGAUGCUGCUUGGACUGCAGCCGAUCAACGUGUUACCGUUACGAGGAAACCGUUUACUGCUAGUGGAAUGUCGAGUCCGAGCUUGCAAUUCUCAGAGAACACGCUUCGUAUCCAAAUACAGGGAUCCAUUGUCGACCGCGUACGGCAGGUCGGACAACUGCUGUCUGUGAAAAGCCGCCAACGCUCAGCGAUAAACGAGAGGCUUGUUUGGGAUGGCCUUGGAAUGGAAGCGAACAAUGGGUGGAACCUAGAUGACACUGCCGAGGAUAUUCACGCAGCUUUUGAAGUCUUUGCCAGUUGGGUUGAUCUCGCGUCUUCUGCUAGAUCGCAGUUGAGUGGAGAAGAUGCUGAAAAUAGCUGGUACGCCUUGUGUGAGACGCUGAUGGAGUAUCACAACUCCGAAGAGACUGAACAAGAGAUUGUGAAUCUCAAGUCGUCAUUCUGGCCUUGGUUGGAAGCUAUCCAUGCCUAUUCAUCUGCGAUAACACAGCAAAAGCCCACACCUCCACGAUUGUCUACUGCACUGCAAUCAUUCCUAACGCUUACCAGCGGCGAAGGAUCGAGGUUUCAACUAAAGAUCAUGUCCACCUGCCAAAGGAAGCGUUUCAUCACAACAGAGGCUAAAGAGAUUGGGCUUGUUCCAGAUAUAGUGCAGGUGGGAGACUUUGUUGCGCUCAUCUCUGGUUUACAUAUGCCAGUCAUUCUCAGACCGGUCAACCAGGGACAAUUUCUGUACGUGUGCCACGCAUACAUCCAUGGCCUAAUGGUCGGCGAAAAAUGGGACAAGGACAUCGGCGGCCCGAAGCACGAUAUCCGGACAUCUGAUUCCAUUCAUUACUCGUAA